AUGGCGGCUGAAGGAGUCGUCCUACGGGAUUUGGUCAACGAAGAUCGUUCCUUGGAUCCCGACUCGCGUGCUGAUGACAGACAUCAACCGGUGCGUGCAUUUGGUGCAGCUGGCGCAGCACCUGAUGAUAAUGGUCCGAAAGGACCAGCGCAGACCGAGCAUGCUCACGAAAUGGACAUCGGCUGGGGCACAGAUCCUGAAAAGAUCACGCAACCUUUCAUAGAAGGUGUCGACAAUGAAGAUGUUUGGCUGUGGAUCAGACGGUUUAACAAACAAAUCUUUUGUCUUAAACGGACCUCUAAGCCACUCAUUGGCGGCCUGGAUUUGAACGUCGCAGAAGAUGAAGAGUUCUCACCCAACAAAUUACGAAGUCAGUUUGAGAGGCUUUACAUGGGACCAAUCGUGGGCGUUCUUGUCUUCUGCAAGCAUGUUGCAAGACUUCGUUCAUGGAGGGAAACGCGGAGGACGGCUGCUUUGUGCACGAUAUACUUCACAGCUUGGGCUUUGGAUCGUCUGACUGCAGCGCUUCUAAUUUUCUUCGUCGUCCUUGCUGUUUUGCCCUCAACCAGAAAGUUAUUCUUUCCACCAGCACCAUUGGCACUGGUCGAUUAUAAAACAGGUGGACCUGCGCAGCCAAAAGCUGGCACACUGGGCUCAGUUGGCACGACGACUGGAGCGCCUGAGAACUUGCGUGGUGAAGCUUUAGAGAACGAGGCAAGUAAUUUUGUUACAGGUAUUGGUGCGAUCGCUGCCAAUGUCAUGGCUGGUGGUGAUCCUCAUGGCCAGCCUGACAGUGAGGGAAGUGGUCUUAUGGAUAAAUUGCCAGAACCCAAUCAAGUAGCUACGAUGAUCGCGACAGCAAAAGACAAAGCAGAAGGUGUGAAGGAUCCAUCUGGGGAUAAGUCCAAGGCACCUAUGGAGGAAACAAUGUGGGCACAGAUGAAGCCACUCAUGCACUUGUUGUGUCUUCUCAACGACACAUGGGAGCGAUGCGGACAUAUGCUAAAUCCCGUGUACCCUCUUUCUCAAGGCAAAAACAGACUUCGAGCUAUUAGCAUGUUGCUCCCACUGCUUGUUAUUUCUUGGUUCUUCACCGCACACUUCAUUUACAGACUCACAGCAUUAUUAUUUGGUAUUGGCGUGUUCGGCGAUCCCAUCUUGAGCAGAGCAUUUGAAUGGUUCAAGCGCCGUGAACCUGAGUGGAAGUACACCUAUCACAUGGCCAACACUUUCUUCAAGGGUAUUCCGACCGACGCCCAAUUGGCUCUUACCCUCUUGCGACUUGGUGAGGCGAACAAGGCACCACUGCCGCCUCCGCCAGUUAAAUGUGAGGUUCCCUCAGCACAGACACUAGAACUAACAGGCGAUAUUCUCAAUGCUGGAAUGGGAGACCAGCCAUUGGGUGCUUCCGACCAUGAGCUUCGUGACGCAGCAAAAUACCGUCAAGACGCAACCGACCAGUCCGGUGGCCAAACAAACGAGAUGACAAGUACCACUACAGAUAGUGGCAAGAGAAGCAAAUUCUUGAGUUUCAUUAAGGGUGGUGCCAAAGGAGCUGUUAAAGCAGGCGUUGCGAUUGAUAAGAUGCGAGCAAAGAGAGGUACAGAUAGUGCAAAGCAGCGUGUCGGCGUCGUUCCAACAAGUAAGAACGAUAACCCAACUCUCUCCCGAACGGAGUUCGAGGGUAGAGUAAAUGGAAGACUGGGAACCGUUCAUCUGGAUCUCGAGGGCCCUACACCACGCAUCUCAUUCCAAUCAGAAACACAUGGUACCAAGGAACGAAUGCAUCUUGAAGACAAGGCUGGAUCUCCUGACGACUUUUCCGUGCCGAUCAAUGACAUUAUUAGUUUGACAAAGCACUCUGGCACAGGUUUCAAAUCUAAGCUUUUCUCAAGUUGGGCCACCAACCGUGAGACGCGCGACAGUAUCAGGAUCGAAGACAGUAUGGGGCAUGACUACGUCAUUACAGCCAUAGCGUUCAGAGAUGAGUUGUUUAACAGGAUCUGUGCCAUUGGGACUCAAAGGUGGGAUAUCUAUUGA